UUUACUGCUUAUAUCCCAUUGCUUUCCAUCCUUCAUACUCACAUCUCUCUUUCUUCAAUCUGCAAAGGAAAAUGGCUACCGACUCCUCCUCUGAAAUAACCCAUGAUUUUCCAGGCUUUUUCAAGGUAUACAAAGAUGGCCGCAUUGAAAGAUACAUGAAUUCUGAUUUUUCUCCCCCAGGCCUUGACCCAGAAACCGGAAUCCAUUCCAAAGACGUUCUUAUCUCAUCCACCACCGGCGUAAAAGCUCGCAUCUUCCUCCCAAAACUUGCCGAUCCCUCCCGAAAGUUUCCUCUCCUCGUCCACUACCAUGGCGGUGGAUUCUGUAUGGGAUCCGCUUUAAGCACCAGGUUCAAAAACUUUCUCUCUGCUUUAGCCUCUCAAGCUAAUAUCAUUACCAUGUCCAUUGAAUACAGACUCGCUCCUGAGCACAAAUUACCUAUUGCAUAUGAUGAUUCAUGGGAAGGGUUUCAAUGGGUCGCUAGCCACUCCAAUGGACAAGGUCCUGAGCCUUGUAUCAACGAGCAUGCGGAUCUCGGGCGGGUUAUCUUGGCCGGUGAAAGUGCUGGAGCUAAUCUUGCACACUACGUCGCCGUGAAAGCUGGGGCUACACAAUUGCCGGGUGUAAACAUAACUAGGCUGCUUAUAGUGCACCCAUAUUUUGGGACUCAACAAGUCGACAAGUUCUACAAAUACAUGUGCCCGACGAGUUCCGGGUCGAAUGAUGACCCGAGGCUAAACCCGGAAGUGGAUCCGGAUUUGAUGAAGCUGAAGUGUGAUAGGGUGCUGGUUUGUGUGGCGGAGAGAGAUUUCUUGAAGAGUAGAGGAGAUUCUUACUACGAGAUAAUGAAAAAAUGUGGAUGGGAAGGGGAAGUUGAUUACUAUGAGACUAAAAAUGAAGAACAUUGCUUCCAUUUAUUCAAUCCUAAGAGUGAGAAUAUUGCACCUCUCAUUAAGACAAUGGUUGAUUUCAUCAAGCAUGAUUGAUUUUUAUUAUUUGGUUUAUUAUUUUGUAGGAAUUGUUGAAGUUGAUUUUUGACAUUUAUGAUUGUAUUUUCAUUUUCGAACUAUAUCUAAUGAUCUAAAUAUUAUUGUUCAAAAUUUUUUUUCUUCUAUAUAAGUCUAAAUUUGUAAUAUCAAAUUUUGUUAUAAUUAAAAGAAUAAAUAAAAUUAUUAUAAUUUACAUUU